AUGAGAGUUUUAUCCCUUCUUGUCAAUCUGGCAGUUGCCGGCAGCGCACUCGCCUUCUCGGCUGAGAUUCCGGCCGGUGUCCCGCGCAACGUCGCCGAGUUCCGUGAGAAGCAUCCAUACGAGAAGCGCGGUCUGGACUGCCAUCGCAAGACCGUCACACCCCGCGCCUCUGAAAACGAUCUCGAUGAUGUCUCCGAUGAGUUUCUCGAGGGUCUGAAGCAGAUAAACAACGGCGGUACUCUGUACCUCCCCGCCAACAAGACCUUCAUCAUUGGCAAGCCUCUUGACCUUACCUGGCUCAACGAUGUACACGUCCACUGGGAGGGCGAGAUCAAGUUCACCAACGACACACCGUAUUGGCAAGCCAACGCCUUCCAUCAUCCCUUCCAGAACUCCAUCAUGUUUUGGAAGUGGGGAGGCAAGGACGUCAAGUUGUAUGGGGAGGGUGUGCUUAACGGCAACGGUCAGCGAUGGUGGAACGAAUUUUCUGGCCUCGAGAUUUUGGAUCCGACAAACGCUUACCUCCGUCCUGUUCUUUUCUACGCCGAGAACGCGACAGGUCUUUCAAUUGAGGGCAUUCACUUCAAGGACUCCCCGUGCUGGACUACCUUUAUCGUCACUUCCAAGGACAUCUCCUUUACUGAUGUCAUCGUCACUGCCGAGACCAACAACCAUACUGCUGAGCCAAAGAAUACCGAUUUCUUCGAUUCGCUCAACGUCGAAGACGUUCGCGUCAAGCGCGCCUGGGUGAACAUUGGCGACGACUGCUUCUCGCCCAAGUCCAACGCGACGAAUGUCCACGUCGACACCAUGUAUUGCAACGGCACCCACGGCCAAUCUAUCGGGUCCUUGGGACAGUACGCUGGCGAGAAGAGUUUCGUGCAGGAUGUCGUCAUAGAAAACGUGUGGAUGCUCAACGGUCAGCAUGGCGCUCGCCUCAAGACUUGGGCUGGUCCUAACGUUGGCUAUGGAUUCAUCGACAACGUCACUUUCCGGAACUUCUGGCAGGCCAAUAACGAGUAUACGGCAUUUAUUGAUUCAUGCUACUUCAACGUCAACUCGUCUACCUGCGCGGCGUAUCCCUCGCAGAUGAACAUUAGCAACAUCCUUUUUGAGAACUUUUCGGGAUACACCAGCGGCAAGUACGGUCGAGCCGUCGCCAAGUUGACGUGCUCGACCAACCCCAGCGCCGUCUGCAACAACAUCCAGUUCAAGAACUUCAACAUUACCACCCCUUGUGGCGGUGACCCUGUCAUUCUCUGCGACGGUGUAAAGGGUGACAUCGGCACACCAUGCAUAUCAUCCAAUAGCUCUGAGGCCAAAGCCGCGCUGGCGGCAACGUGCACUACACCUUUGGCAGUGGCUACGCCUUGGAAGGUCAGACCAUUCGAGUAG